CGAUAUCGCAGACCUCAUCCAACACUCACACGAGCGUGUUGCACCAUGGGCAUCGGCGCAUUAGGGUACGUGCCCAGCGUAGCUAUCCUCCCAAUCCCUGAGUCACACUGGGUGGUCUCGUUAUAAAGUGUCAUUCUCUUUACCAAUGCCACCUCGCUCACCAUCGCCAAUCCUCACCUUCAAACACUCCAUCUCCCAGUCAUCGACGAAACCCAAACGCCGUCCCUGACCACUCAUACCACUUUAUCGCUUCCACGAAUGGCAGCGACGGCAUGCCGUGCUUCUCGGUGCACAAUGCCACGGCACUCGCCCGGUUGAUCAGCAGGCCACGCCAACUGCGCAUCGUAGCGCGUUCCCUCCUUCCAUAUCGAUCCGUGAUGUCGAUGCUGCGGUUUUCGCACACCCACAGCCCGAAAUGGCGUAUGAUGUCUGUCCUGGACGAAUGGGUCGCAAAGGAAGCUCGGCCCAUAAGUCUGCGCCAGCUGAUGGUGUUUGGCCGAUCGCUGACCGAGUCGCGGCUGAUCAGCUCGGCCAACUAUGUACGGACUGAGUUGCCCACGAGGAUUGCCCACCGGAUCCGCGACAUGCAGCAGCUGCCAUAUGUGGUUGUCACAAAUUCACACAUUAACGAGGUCUACGACCUGUACUACACUGCCUUCGACACAUUCCGAAAAGUGAAGGAUAUCAAAACGCUUGAAGACAAUGAUCGCUUCUGCAAAACAAUACGUUCCAUGCUAAAGGCGCAUCUGACGGUUAUUCCCAAGCUGGCAAUGGGCAUUCUCGAAAGCAGCGGCCUAAUGGACCCAGCCGAGCUAGACAAGUUCAUGAACACCAAUCUUCGAUCACGCAUCUCCCGCCGUGUCAUCGCCGAGCAGCACCUCGCCCUAACCGAUGCCUUCCAUGCGCCCUGGUUCUCCCCCGGCGCGAAGCUCUCCGAGUCCGAGUUCAUAGGCCAGGUCUUUCUCAAGUGCGUCGCAAAGGAUGUCGUAUCGCGCUGCGGCCACGCGGUGCGCGAGAUUCUGCAGCGCGCCUACGGGCCCGACGUUGCCCUCCCCGAGAUCCGCAUCGACGGCCACCUGGACGCCAACUUCCCAUACAUCCUCAGCCACCUCGAGUACAUCAUCGGCGAGCUGCUGCGCAACUCGGUACAGGCCGUCGUCGAGAAGCAUCAGCGGCGCAAGCAAAACAACAACAACAGCAACACCGCCGCCCCGCUGCCGCCACCGCCGCCGAUCGAAGUCACCAUCUGCGAGAGCAACCAGCACGUCAUCAUCCGCAUCUCGGACCAGGGCGGCGGCAUCCCCCGGCAGAACCUGCCCUAUCUAUGGUCGUUCAGCAAGGGCCCCGCGAGCGACAUGAUCCUCGCCAACCUGGGCAAGGUGCCCAAGAUGGCCGCCACGAUGCAGGAGUGGCAGGUCGACGGGCACGGCCAUUCACACACACACGCAGAUACACAUUUCAGCAGCCGCGGCGCUGCGGCAGGCGGUGAGAUAAGCAAGGACGUCAACAGCUCACUCGCCUCGCUGUCGAGCCGGCCGCCCAACCUGCGGCUGGGCAUGGGCCUGCCCCUGAGCAGGGUGUACGCCGAGUACUGGGCGGGGAGUCUUGCGUUGCAUAGCCUCGAGGGUUACGGGGUGGACGCGUUUCUACAGAUAUCCAAACUUGGGAACAAGAACGAACAAUUGACGACUAGGGCGAGUAUGGAUGCCGUGUAGCAAAGGACCAGGGAUGUCUAGUUGGUUUCACUUCUUGUCCGUCCUGGUCAGUAGGUGGGCUGGCGUUUCGGUUUCCUGUACGGAGCACGGAGGACAUAGUAUCUUCUAUACACAUACAGCG